CCCAGUUGCUAAACCUGUGCCCUCUGCUCCCUUUGGGCACACGUGUGGGACACUGCGUCCCGUGGGCUGGUAUGGAAGAUAGCACCACAUGGUUAUUCUCUCCCCUACUCUCCAGGAGAGCGAGGAAGAACUCUACUCCUCCUGUCGCCAGCUGCGGAGACGGCAAGAAGAGCUAAACAAUCAGCUAUUUCUGUAUGACACACAUCAGAACUUGCGCAGUGCCAACCGGGAUGCCCUGGUCAAAGAGUUCAACGUCAAUGAGAACCAGCUUCAGCUGUACCAGGAGAAGUGCAACCGAAGGUUGCGAGAGAAGAGAGUCAGCAACAGCAAGUUCUACUCUUAGAAGCCAGUGUACACAUAUAAGGGUGUGGUGUG